UCCAAAAUAGCCCAAACGGAACGAUACCGACAUCACAUGAAACCAUUUGUGAGAGGAGACAAAUGUUUAUUCAGAUGCAGUCAUAACCCGAGACCUGGCAUACGACACACAGCUCCAGCUUUCGUGUCUGAUUCCAGGGAUGACAUCUGGCCAGUGAUGCAGAGGGCAUAAUGCAUGCGGCAUCAUUGGUCACAGAGACACUGCUGAAAGGGACAGCUCGAGAUUUUUUGGGCUAAAUAAAUCCGGCCUGUUAUUUUUAUUCAUUUAUUCAUAUUUAACCGGGACUAUGUCGUUGUUCGGUGUUCACACUCGUAACAAGAGAGAUACGCAUGAAAUCGCAUUGGAAUUAUAAAUAAGAGGAAAUAGACGCAACACGUUGUUGGCUGGUCAUCAGGGGCUCAAGGUGUCAUUCAGUCUUCAUUCAUGGGAUGACGUCUCAGCGUGUGUCCUGUCACAUCGCCCCCUGCCCCAUCUCCUGUGUCCCUCUCAUCUGUCCAUCUGUGGGGUCCUGACGCCAGCAGGGGCUCAUGAGACGCUUUGUGUACUGUAAGGUGGUGCUGACCACCUCUCUGGUCUGGGUGCUAGUGGACGUCUUCCUGCUGCUGUACUUCAGUGAGUGCAACAAAUGCGACAACAAGAAGGACCACUCACUCCUGCCUGCGCUCAGAGCGGUGAUGUCCCGCACCCAGGUGGCACCAGGUGAAAUGGGGAAGGCUGUGAUCAUUCCCAAAGAAGAGCAGGAGAAGAUGAAAGAGCUCUUUAAAAUCAAUCAGUUCAACCUUAUGGCCAGUGACAUGAUUGCGCUUAACAGGAGUCUGCCAGAUGUCCGGCUGGACGGCUGUAAAACCAAGACGUACCCUGAUGACCUUCCAAAUACCAGCAUUGUGAUCGUGUUUCAUAAUGAAGCCUGGAGCACACUUCUAAGAACCAUACACAGCGCCAUAAACCGCUCGCCCAGACACCUGCUGCUCGAGAUUCUGCUGGUGGAUGAUGCCAGCGAGAGAGAUUUUCUAAAGAAAAAAUUAGAGGACUAUGUUGCGACUCUGGAGGUUCCGGUGCGAAUUUUGAGGAUGGAGCAGCGAUCCGGUUUGAUCCGAGCACGACUAAGAGGGGCGGCCGCCACACGAGGACAGGUCAUCACCUUCCUGGACGCUCACUGUGAGUGCACUGUAGGGUGGCUUGAGCCACUGCUGGCCCUGAUCAAAGAGGACAGGAGGGCUGUGGUCUGUCCAAUCAUUGAUGUCAUCAGUGAUGAGACAUUCGAGUACAUGGCCGGCUCAGAUAUGACCUAUGGGGGAUUCAACUGGAAGCUCAACUUCAGAUGGUAUCCAGUUCCUCAGAGAGAGAUGGACCGACGCAAGGGGGACAGAACCCUUCCUGUUAGAACUCCCACAAUGGCAGGAGGUCUGUUCUCUAUUGACAGAAGUUAUUUUGAAGAGAUUGGCACCUAUGAUUCAGGCAUGGACAUAUGGGGAGGGGAAAACCUUGAAAUGUCUUUUAGGAUCUGGCAGUGUGGAGGAUCUCUGGAGAUAGUCACAUGUUCUCAUGUAGGCCAUGUGUUUCGGAAGGCCACACCAUACAGCUUCCCUGGUGGAACUGGUCAGGUGAUCAACAAGAACAACAGACGAUUGGCUGAAGUCUGGAUGGAUGAGUUCAAAGAUUUCUUCUACAUCAUCUCACCAGGUGUGGUCCGGGUGGAUUAUGGCGAUGUUUCUGCUCGGAAGGCUUUGAGGGAAUCUCUGAAGUGUAAACCCUUCUCAUGGUACCUGGAGAACAUCUACCCCGACUCGCAGAUCCCACGCAGAUAUUUCUCACUUGGGGAGAUCAGAAAUGUUGAGACAAAUCAGUGUGUGGAUAACAUGGGCCGUAAAGAGAAUGAAAAGGUUGGCUUCUUCAACUGUCAUGGAAUGGGCGGCAACCAGGUGUUCUCAUAUACGGCUGACAAAGAGAUCCGGACUGAUGAUCUGUGUCUGGAUGCAUCACGGCUUAACGGACCUGUUGUUAUGCUGAAGUGCCACCACAUGAAAGGAAACCAGAUGUUUGAGUACGAUGCAGAGUAUGUUGGCAAAUGGGAGUAUGAUUUUAAGAAACGCACCUUCCUGCACAUCAUCACCCAGUCGUGUCUGACCAUCAGUCUUGGGGACCCAUAG